AUGUUCUCAGAACGUUGGCUAUGCUUUUGUUGUCCACCAAUGCAUAAAUCUCCUCGACGAACUAUUGUUGCACCAAUUGAACAAAAUCCAAUUCAACCUGAAUCACGAUUACAAUUACAAACAAGUCGACUAUCGAAUAGACAAAAACAGAAAUCUGAACUUCAUUUAGCUGCUGUUGUUAUUAUUCAAACAUGGUUUAGACGACGACGAGCUUUAUUUGAAAUACGACGAAAAACUGCUUGGACAAUUUAUCAAAAUAUUGAAUAUGCUGGUGAACAAAAUCAACUUAAAUUGUAUAAUUUUUUUCUUGAACUUAUGCAAACUGUUUCAAAAAAUCCUCGAGAUGCUACUGUUGCAGCAAAAGUCUUACGUCGAAGUUCUAGUCUAUCAGGUUUAGCUGAAGAAUUAGAAUUAAAACAAUUAACAUCACCAACAAUAAUUAAUGUUGAAUCAUCAUAUCAAGGACCACAUAUUGAUAAACCUAUUAAUAGAGAACAUUUUGAAGCAUUGAUUCUUGCUUUUCAACGUGGCGAGCUCCUUCAUGCUCAUUAUGUAUUAUUAAUAUUACAUGAACUUCGUCAUAUUCUUAAAAAUUUACCAAAUAUAAAUAUAGUUUCAACUCAUCAGACAACAUGUGUCACUGUUGUUGGAGAUUUACAUGGUAGUUUAGCUGAUUUAAUGAUUAUAUUUCAUAAGAAUGGUUUACCAUCGAAUGAAAAUCCUUAUAUAUUUAAUGGUGAUAUUGUUGAUCGAGGUUUUCAAAGUAUUGAAGUUUUUCUUUUAAUAAGUGUUGCAUUAAUUGUUUAUCCAAAUAAUAUUUAUUUAAAUCGAGGAAAUCAUGAAGAUCAUGUAUUAAAUUUAAGAUAUGGUUUUAUGAAAGAAAUCAUACAUAAAUAUAAAUCUCAUGCAACAAGACUUUUACAUUUAUUUGAAAAUAUUUAUAGUUGGUUACCAGUUGCAAGUCUUAUUGAUGAUCAUAUUUUUGUAACACAUGGUGGUAUUAGUAAUAUAACUGAUUUAACUAUUAUUAAUCAAAUAAAACGUCAGAAGUAUGUAUCUGUAUUAAGUCCAAGUUUUAUUAUACCACCAAAUGAAGAUGAAUUUCAAAUAGGUAAUAUUCCAAAUGAUUUAUUGCUUGAAUGGCGACAAAUACUUGAUUUAUUAUGGAGUGAUCCGAAACAGAGUGAUGGUUGUGAACCAAAUACUUAUCGUGGUGGUGGGUGUUAUUGGGGUCCUGAUGUAACAAAUGAUAUUUUAGAAAAACAUAAAUGGAGCUUACUUAUUCGUUCACAUGAAUGUAAAGAAGAAGGUUUUGAUUAUACUCAUGAUAAAAAGGUGCUUACUGUUUUUUCAGCAUCAAAUUAUUAUGCCGUAGGUAGUAAUCGAGGUGCAUAUGUAAAAGUAAUUACUAAUCAACCACCAUUAAUUGUUCAAUUUGUUUCAACAAAAUCUUCACAUAAAUCUUUGACCUUAUGGGAAAGGGUAUCUCAUGUUGAAGAACAAGCAAUUCAAAAUCUUCUUGAAAAAUUUAGUGUAAAUCAAAAUCGAUUGAUAAGAGAAUUUGCAGUUGUUGAUCGAAAAAAAACAGGUCGUAUAUCUAUCAAUGAGUGGUGUGAUAUUGUUUCACGUGUUCUUAAUUUACAUUUACCAUGGCGAACACUUAAAUCACGACUUGUUCAAACAGAUUCUGACGGAUCAAUUAUAUAUGAAUCAACAUUUCGUUUCAAACAAUUACAAGUUACAUUGAGUGUUCCAACAAGUGAAAGACGGACAAGUCUUUGUCAAGCUAUUUAUCGCAAUAAAGAUUUACUUGAAACAGUCUUUCGAGCUAUUGAUAAAGAUAACUCAGGUGUUAUUUCAAUGAAAGAAUUUACUGACGUAUGUGUAUCUCUGGGUCAUCAUAAUGGAACGAAAUUUGAUGGAAAACAAAUCAUGGAUUUAGCAGCUAGUAUUGAUCUCGAUAAGAACGGUGUGAUUGAUUUCAAUGAAUUUCUUGAAGCCUUUCGUAUUGUUGAUAUUACUGAUCAUUUUGAUGAUGAAAGUUAA